UCCUUCUGAUCUUUUGUUCAUAAACGGACGCAUCAUCGUCAGCCAAAGGACCGACGACCACCAGCAGCAGCAGCAGCAACAACAGCAAUAAGCAACCACGUCAGUGUGUGUCAGCAGGGGCACCAACAGUCGCUCAUCCAUCACAUCGGGGUCAAGCACAGGCACAAGCACAAACAAUACCAAGUCGCCAGUCGAGUCUCCACCCUCCCUUUUUUCUGUCCCAGUUGACCCGUCUUCUACUUCUUUCUCCCUUUCACUUCAUUUUUGCCAUUUAACUCGAUACAUUCCAACAUGCCAGUCUCCUCCGUCCUCGCCAGUCCGGCUGCACAAAUCGUCCAGACUUACCUUAACAACCCACGCCUGAGCAACAUCAAGAACCUGGUCUUCAUCAUCUUCAUCUACAAGCUCCUUUCAUUCCUCAACACCACAUUCGUGACCCAUGGACCCACAAGAACUUACAAAGAGCUCAAAGUUUACCUAAGCGCACUCGCCUUCAAAUAUGCCAAGAUGCUCCCUAGUGUAAAGGAAAAACUGAAUCGCGAGCUCGGAAAGGCCGCCAAGGAUAUUGAGGACAAGGUCGCACCUCAGGACGACAAUUUCCCUCGCUACACGAUCCUACCAGAGCGAGGAUUCACAGAGGAGGAAAUGACUAAGGAACUGGAGAGAUAUAGCGAAUUGCCCCACACUCGCUGGGAGGAGGGACGUGUCUCAGGAGCGGUAUACCAUCACAACAAGAUCCUCUCAGACUUGGGAGCCCUCGCAUACAGAAAGUUCUCAAGUGCCAACCCAUUGCACCCCGAGGUCUUCCCAGGAACGAGAAAGAUGGAGGCUGAGGUGUGCGCCAUGGUGUUGCAGCUCUUCCAUGCCAGCCCCAAGGCUGGAGCUGUCAUGACCUCUGGAGGCACCGAGUCGAUCCUGAUGUCCUGCAAGACCCAUCGCGACUGGGGCAAGGAGGUCAAAGGCAUCACCAAACCUGAAAUUGUCGCCCCAGUUACCAUUCACGCAGCGUUCGACAAGGCCGCCAGCUACUUUGGCAUGAAGUUGAUCCACGUUCCUAUCGACCCCGUCACGAUGCAAGCCGACCUCAAUGCUGUCAAGAAGGCCAUCAACAAGAACACUGUUCUUAUUGCUGGCUCCGCAGUCAACUACCCACAUGGUGUUAUGGAUGAUAUUGUUGCUCUGGGCAAGCUGGCCAAGAAGCACAACGUUGGUCUUCAUGUCGAUUGCUGUCUUGGUAGUUUCAUGGUGGCGUUUGCGGAGAAGGCAGGAUACAAGUUGCCACCAUUUGAUUUCCGUGUCCCUGGAGUCACCGCCAUCUCAUGCGACACUCACAAGUAUGGAUUCGCACCUAAGGGAUCUUCGAUCAUCAUGUAUCAUACCAAGGAGCUCCGCCGGUACCAAUACUUCAGCAUGGCCACUUGGCCCGGUGGAAUUUACGCCUCACCCUCCAUUGCUGGCUCUCGUCCCGGCGCUCUUAUUGCAGGAUGCUGGGCUACGUUAAUGCACGUCGGACAGGAGGGAUACGUUAAGGAAGCCAAGCACAUCAUUAGCGCGCAGAUCAAGGUUCGCAAGGCGAUCGAGACCAUUCCCAGUCUGUAUGUCUAUGGUGAACCCAAGACAUCAGUCGUGGCCUUCAAUUCGAGAAAGUACAACAUUUAUGAUGUCAGUGAUCAGUUGUCAAAGCGCGGUUGGCACUUGUCUGCACUGCAGAACCCUCCGGGCGUCCACUGGACCAGCACAAUCCCAACCGCUGAUGCCGCGGAUGAGUUUAUUUCAGACUUGCAGGAGGUUAUGAGCGACUUUGAAGCAGGAAAAAUCACAGAGACGGGGUCGACAGCAGGCAUGUACGGUAUGGCCGCAACGGUGCCUUCUUCGGUCGUUGCCGAGGUUGCCUGUGCCUUUGUUGACGCUCUUUACAAGCCGUAAAUGAUGAGAUGUGUAAAAAUAAAGAAAAAUGAAAUUCGAGUCUGGACCUCGUGUCGUGAGGUUAUGGGCCAUCAAAUCCGGCAUGUAUGCACAUAUGGAAUGAAUGCAUCGUUGGGGGUCUGCUUGCAUCAAAGGAAGAAUGCUUGCAUUAAGAGGGCAUGGAAACGGUUCUUACG